UUUAACAUCCAUUUGAUGAAAUCAACAAUUUAUAUAGAUAUAUUUUAUACUUCUCUGCAUAAAAAACUUCAAUUUAGCCCAAGAUAAUUUCUGUAUGGUGUGGUAAAGAAAUUAACUUCCAACAACAUCUUGAAUUUAUGAAGAAAUUAAUGUAUAUCAAGCAUUGAGUGUUUGAGCACUGACUUGCCAGAUUUUAUAGAAGAAUGAAUUGGAAAUUUGACAUGAGCUCAAUCCCAUUUUGAGUGGAUGGAUACGAGGAACAAAUUGGAGCCAUGCACGGAUGCUAUAAAUGCUGUGAUAACCGCCAGUGACGAUCAUGUUGACCAGGAAUGUUCUGGCAGGAACAUGGCCACUGUGGUCAAUAUGGUGACAAGUGGUCUGAGCCAAAAUAACACUACAAACUCUCCUAAGCAAUCUUGUAACAAUGGCUCUUCUGUCUGUUCUUCAACUGUCAUUGCAUCAACUGCUGAUGCCACUGGCAUCAGUGCCUCAUCUUCUAAUGAUUCUCCUACUCAUUUAUCCAUUAAUUGUACAGAAACCGGAAAGAUUUUGUCCAACUUACUAAUUGCCAAAAUACCUGAUAUUGACUCCAGUGAUGUUUCUCCUUCAACUACCUCCAUAGUGAAAUAUUCUGUGGCAACAAAAAUGAAGGAAGUCUGUCUUGACAAUGAAGAAAACCUUGCCUUCUUUUCUGCUUCACUUGAAGGUACAACAAACUCUGACCAUUUUGUAUGCAAUGACUCAUACGGCUCCAUGGAUGACAAGUCAGAGUUGUCUGGAAACAACAUUUCUGCACUCAACAAUGCAGAAGUUGAAGUGGAACCAGAACUUACAAUUGUGGAGACAUCUAAUCAACCAAGCACAAGUCUUGACACAAAGACCUGUUGGCCAUUGACUCUCACCUGCACUCUCAACGCAAUCACACUCUCAAGACUCUCACCUCCACCACCCCCCUCCCCCGGUCCAACACCUGCGGACGCUCUCACGCUCGCGUCGUCUCAUCCAUCCGCUAAUCUGUGUCGCUCUUCCGGCGUCCGCGCGCCGGCACUCACUCGCAUUCUCUGUGCAGAAGACAGUGGCUGUAGUGAGGACUUGGCUCGCUUCCCCCUGGGCGGUGACGAGGGUUGCCCUCUGGUCUGGACUCUAGAUCUCACCGCCCUCGUGGCUCUUAGUAAACACGAAGUCACCUGA